GGAUAGAUUGAUGGAAGGUUUACGUCAAUGUCUCACACAGCUGGCCGUGGGUGUGUUUGAGGACGCUCGAAAUUCAUUGAAAUAUAGACAAGUUUUUGAAAAUUCAUUCAAAUGACGAAAACAAUUAGAAAACCAACAGAAAGACUAACAUGGCACUUGACAUGUAGAGGAGAUCCUGUCGUUGAUGUUGGAAAACAAAACACUUAGAGCGUAAUUACAAGUGGGACACUGUAUUCAGUAUGCUUAUCGGAUACAGCUGCGAUUUUAGAGAAUAGUAUUAUAUGAAGAGAAAGAAGAGGCGAGUGUGUGUUAUGCGUUUAAAAAGUAUAUGGAUAUUGAAAAGAUUACAUUUGUAGUUAUAUUUGGAUCCGACGUUAUAGAGAUUAAUCUACGCCAGAAAAUAUGCCCAGUCAAAGACAUCAAGUAAUGCUAACAUUUGUGUUGAUAUUAUACAUGAGUUUAUCUUUUGAGACUCGUGCAGAUUCAGACAUUUCUUGGAUGUGUAUACGUAACGGAUCUGAGUGGUUAAAUUGUACAAAUCGCAAACUGAUGUCUAUUCCAAAGUUCAUUCCUCCGAAAGUUAAAUAUAUCAAUCUAUACGAUAAUAAGAUCUCGAAAAUUGAAAAAGAGUCCUUUGUAAAUCUUCAUGAAUUAAAGAAUCUACGAUUAUCCAACAACAGAAUCUCGAAUAUUGAAGCCAUCGAAAAUCUUCCCAGUUUAGUUCUUUUAGAUCUAUCCUACAAUGACAUUACGAAUAUUAAAAAGGGGACAUUCAAAGACCUUUGCUGUUUACAAGAGUUAUAUCUGAGCAAUAAUAAAAUCUCCAUUAUUAAACAAGGAUCCUUUAAAAAUCUUGGCAGUUUACGGACUUUAUUUCUGUACGAUAAUAAAAUCUCGAAUAUUGAACACGAAUCAUUCGAAAAUCUUCCCGAAUUAGCGGAUCUAGAUUUGUCCUGUAAUAAAAUCUUCGAAAUUGAGCAAAGCACCUUCGUAAAUGUUACCAGUUUAGAAUAUUUACAUCUCUCCUGCAAUAAAAUCUCGAAUAUUGAUGAGAGUACAUUCAAAAACCUUGGAAGUUUAAAGGAUUUAGACCUAUCUUAUAAUCAAAUCUCCAAUAUUGAAGAGAUCACAUUCAAAAGCCUUCACAGUUUACGGUAUUUAUAUCUAUCCCAUAAUCAAAUAUCGAUUAUUGAGGAGAGUACAUUCGAAACCCUUCACAGUUUACAGGAUCUAGAUCUAUUCUACAAUAAAAUCUCUACUAUUAGACAGGGAACGUUCGAAAAUCUGUACAGUUUGCGCACUCUAAAUUUGGGCCACAACCGAAUACAAAAAUAUGAGGAUGGCGCAUUCUUAUUCCUGCCCAACAUACGUCGUGUAGACCUCAGUGGCAAUAACGACAUGAUGUGUGGAUGUCACCUACCAGCAGUAGUAAAUUAUACGAGAAAUACAUACAAUACAUUUGUGGAUGUCAAAGGCGAGUGUUUUACAGAUUCUGGCGAAGAAACAUCUAUACUGAAAUAUUCACAAUGUAUAAAUUACACGUUAUUUCAAAAGAACUUGCAGUGUGAAGGAUAUUCAGGGAGGAGAUGCAAGUAUUCUGAAAUGACAGACUGUCCAGGAGUAGAGCCUGUAUGCCAAUAUAAGCUAUCAAGAAAUGGGGUUACACUGAAGUUUGAAAAAUCCUGCAGCACAUACAGCAACUGCGUUGAAGCUAUGAGAAACAAUAGUUUUAAACCAAAUACAUGGACCAAAGGUACUUCUACUGCUGCUUGUUGCACCAGAAACGUAUGUAACAAGAAUGAUUUCAUGGGGACUGUUGAGGAAUUUUCGACAAAACUCCUGAAUAUUUCACAAAAAUCUGUGUAUUCCAAAGAAGAUAUUGUCUUGGCAGUAAACUUUCUUGAGGAAAUGAUGUCAUUGCCCCCAUGUGCGUCCCCCAAUACGACACUGUUCAAAGUACUUUUUAUUAUCAACAAUAUAAUAAACGUACCAGAGAAGAAUUUGGUUGAGGUGGAACAAUCUCAUGGAAUUGUCAGCAGAAUUCUGGGCAUUAUAGAAGUAAUCCCAGAAAUGUCUUCCCUUGAAGAGCAGGAACUCACAGUUUUAUAUUCUAAUCUUGGUAUUGGUGCUACUAAAGUGGAGAAGGACACCUUCAACGGCCUCACUUAUGCUGUUUCUUAUGGAACCAAUGAAACGGAAGCAAGGAAUGAGAUAUAUAACGACUCAAACUCACUAGAAGAAGAUAUGAUGGACUACAUUUCAUUGCCAAAGAGUUUAAUAAGACAUCUGACGGAAGAAGAACUCACAACAUUUUCAAGGAUUUCUCUUUUCAAUAUGAAAGAGGAUAAGCUAUAUAGGGUAAUACAAACUUCUAAUAACCAAACAACUACUAAAGUUGACAGUCGUAUAAUUGCUGCAAAUAUUCCCAACGUUAAUAUAACCAACCUUGAUGAACCAGUUACAAUAUCAUUCAAUGUAAUCGAUCAGGAAGUCACCAACCCACAAUGUGUUUAUUGGGAUGAAUCCUCUGGACAGAAACCCCGUUGGUCGACAGAAGGCUGUAAUACGUCCCACGAUGAGCCUGGGAAGAAAGUAGUUUGUUCCUGUAACCAUCUUACAAGUUUUGCUGUACUAAUGAACGUCGACCAACGGAGUGAAAGAAUUGAAGGAAAUGCAAAGAAUAGUCAAUACCUCUCUAUCAUUUCUAACAUUGGCUGCAUAAUAUCGUUUGUCUGUCUCAUUCUGACAGUAAUAAUUCAUGCUUAUUUCAAAAAUCUAUGGAAGUUAAUAGCCUCAAAAAUUUUAGUCAACUUGUGCAGUUCUUUAGCUGCCACUUAUCUUACCUUUCUUGUUGGGUUCCAAGCAUAUAUUACAGAAAGAACAGCUGCUUGCAAGGCAGUGGCAGCUCUCUUACACUACUUCCUCCUGACAUCGUUCCUGUGGAUGAUUGUAGAAGCAAUUCAUAUUUAUCGAGGCCUGUUUGUAUUCAAAACCAUUCGGUCAUCAUUUAUCAAGAAGAGUUCAAUUUUGGUCUGGAGUCUUCCAGCAGUCAUUGUCGUGAUUACUCUGGCUAUUAGGAACACAAAAAAUUACAUCAAAAUUGAACAAGGGUUCAGUCUCCGAUUAUGA